AUGUACGUGGAAGCUCUUACUCACGAAACUUUAAUGAAAUACUUCAAGGAAAAUGAAAUAGAAUUCGAUAAACUAUUAGAAAAAAUACAACUCUCUGCAAAAGCUAGAUUAGCAGCCAAACUCGCUAGAGAAACUCUCAGAUACGGUAAAGUGGUGAUAAUGACUGAUGCCGAUGUAGAUGGAUCACAUAUCCGCGUACUUAUACUUACUUUCUUCUAUCUACCUCCAUUAUACAAAAUCUACAACGGUAAAAAGCAUGUAUACAUAUAUGACGCAGCUAAUAAGUCUUUAGAAGAAUUGGCUUUAGAAAAUGGUUUUGAUGGGAAACGAGACGUGCAAAGAUAUAAGGGUCUUGGAGAAAUGAACUAUGACCAACUUGGUGAAACUACAAUGAAACCAGAGACAAGAUCUAUUAAACAAGUUAGAAUAGAGGAUGCAGAAGAAGCCGACAAACUCUUUAGAAUCCUUAUGGGCGAAGAUACAGAAUCCAGAAAACACUUCAUCCUUAUUGUCACAAAAUUUCACAUCCUCAUCUAUGGCUGUCAGAUGAAUUAUGCUGAUAGCGCGAGAAUCAAGGCGGUUCUUACAAAUUCAGGAAUGCAUUAUACUUCUGAAAUAGAAGAAGCAGAUCUGAUUAUUUUUGAUACAUGUUCUAUUGUGAACAAGCACCCACAGUUUUUAGAGAUCUGCAAAAGAAUUUUAGAGUAUCCAAAACUAAAGCGGUUAAGGUAUACAUCACCCUACCCGACAUUUUUCCCAGAUGAGUUACUACAACUCCAUGAGCAUCAUCCCAAAAUGUGUCCACACAUACAUAUGCCCCUACAAUCUGGUUCCACGGCUAUGUUACAUAUUAUCGUUGGUCAUCCUGAUGAAACAGAAGAAGAGUUCCUGGAAAGCAUUAAACUCACUGAAUACGCA